GAUGGCGGCGCGGCGCUCCCGCGUGACGGCGCCGGGACCGGAAGCAGGCGGAAGUACUUCCGGCUCGGCGCGUCCCGGUGCGGCCGGCAGGUUUGGGUGUGGAAGAUAUAUUCCUGUGAUCUCCUGAAGUGGCCCACCAUACGUGCUGAGCAAGAGGAAGAGCCCAGCCGUGUGCAGACCUGAGAGGAGGAGGAGGAGCCGUUGUUUGACCUGAGCUUCUGGGGAGGACAGAUCAAAACACAGACUAUUUGGUUUCCAGAAUGUUUGUUGGAUAUGAAGACACCGACGAUACUGAUACAUAUGAAGAUGAACUUUAUCAUGAGGAGUCAUCCAGUGAGCAGAGCAUUGAUAGUGAGGUGGAAUUCCAUCUCUACAGCCAGAUCCACUAUUCCCAAAAUCUUGGAGAAAUCAGCAUGCUGGAAAUGGAUGAAGAAGCCGACGUUGCAGGAGUCACGGGUCAUAGUUCAUCUCUAACUGAGAAAUGGUCUGAAGACAAGGCAAUCCCUGAAGUCAUUGAUUGUGAUGCUGAGCUUUCAGAUGAUGAUCCCGAGAUCAUCGUCUUGUCUGAUACACCGGAUGAAGACAGUGUUUACAAAAGCAAAGCAAAGAAGUCAACAAGCUCUUUAGCUGGAGGUGAAAUACAUAGCCAUCUGGGAUCUUCCACACCAAAUUGUGCCAAAGCUGCUGGAGGUAAUACCCUGUAUCCUGCUGGAUCAGGCACAGACAUUUCCAGGCAAAGGAAGAGCACUACUGGGAAGCUUAACCCGGUUAGUUCAGCUGGAGCUCAUGCCACCCAAGAUGUGUUGGUAAUAGAUGACAGCUCAGAUGAGGAGAGCUCGACAUCUGGAAGUGAUAAUGUCGAGAGCUGGAUGCUUUUGGGAGCCGGUGCAGAUGACGGAGAUGAAGAUAUAAUGCUGAACCUUGAAGGCUGUGCAACUCCUGACAGUGAAGGCGAAGUUGGUGUGGACUGGUCCAUCUGUACUAAAGACUUAGAGGCACAGAUCUCCAACUAUGCAAGCGUGAGGCAUACCAGUAUGCGGUACUACACAGCUGACAAGAACGUUACCUGCAGAAACUGCAGCAGACGAGGUCAUUUGUCCAAGAACUGUCCCACUCCAAAGAAAGUUCCUCCUUGUUGCCUGUGUGCAGAAAGAGGUCAUCUACAAAACAGUUGCCCGGCACGUUUUUGUUUGAACUGCUGUUUGCCUGGCCACUAUUUCAGGGAAUGUCUUGAGAGAGCCUAUUGGAAUAAACAGUGCAAUCGCUGUGGUAUGAAGGGGCAUUACGCUGAUGCUUGCCCAGAAAUAUGGAGGCAGUAUCACCUAACAAUAAAGCCAGGACCAAUCAAGGCAGCUGGUUCUCACGUUGAGCGCUCUGCUUUAGUGUACUGCUACAACUGUUCCCAGGAAGGACAUUUUGGAUACGAGUGCCUGGAAAAGAGGAUGCAUGGGAGCAUGUUCCCUACUUCUCCAUUCGUCUAUUACUAUGAUGAUGACUAUGAAAUCAAGAGAAGAGAGAACAGAUUAAAAAGAAAGGUUGCAGACCUACAGGAAGCUGGCCUUCUGCCAGAACAGCCCGAGAUACCAUGGCAGGAAGAAACACAGGGGGGGCACAGCCGUAAGAAAAAGAGCAAGUACGGGAAAGAAUAUGGGAAACAUAACAAAGAUGGGGAGUGUCAUAAAAAGAAGAAGACGUCCUGGGCAGAGAAACCCAGACAAAAGAAGCACAGGAGGGAUGUUGAAACCGGCCACAAUUUUGAGGAGCACUUGCCUAGAGGGUCUAAAAGGCAGGCGUGUAAGGGCAGCCGAAUCCACCACAGGUCCGUUUUCAAGGCAUUCUCAGGCAGCAAGACUGCGUAUGUGCAGGAGCGUCUGGAAGGUGCUAAGAGGAAGAAGAAAUGGAAAAAGCAGAAAGACGAUAAUCCUGAUGUCAACGAGAAUUUAUUCCUCAUAAAACAGAGGGGGAAGAAGUCCAAGCAGAAAUCGUGGUGAUGGGGAAGUAGAUAGGUAGCACCAGCAUUUACUGGAUCCGGCUCUGCCUUCUGUUUAUUUUUGUCCCUCUCUUAGCACACUGAAUCUGAGUCCGUCCCUGAACCCGGGUGGGCAUGCCCAGGCACCAGUCCCACACCAAACACCCAUCUCUGUUCCCGAAAGGGAGUGCUCUGUCCGUCGUGAACUGCCCGCGUGGCAGGCGGGACUCGGCGCUCGUGCCUGGAGGGGCUGUACUUUUCAGCCCCAGAAUAUAGGCUCUAAGUUUAUUUUCUUUGCUUGGGGCAGCGG